AUGUCAGAUAAGGUUCCACCAGGGGAUUCGAGCAGCGGCUCCUCCAAUAAGGAGGUCGCAUCGUCAUCGAUUCCGAAAUCAAUUGAAGAACUUCUUAAACUACUCUCCACUGGUGAAGAAUUGACCGAAUCUCAAAAGAAAGAAAUGAAAGACUACAAAUUUUGGAAAACACAACCGGUGCCCAAGUUGAACGAAAAGAUUUUAAAAGAGGGACCCAUUGAAACCAAGAAACCUGAAGAUAUACCCGAUACUCCAUUCCCAUUGUUGAAGGACUUUGAAUGGACAACUGUAGAUAUUGACGAAAAAGACCAAUUGCAGGAGGUGUAUGAGUUACUCUAUGAGAACUACGUGGAAGACCAAGACGCAACCUUCAGGUUUAACUAUUCUCCUGAAUUCUUUAACUGGUCUUUGAAGUGUCCUGGUUGGAAGAAAGAGUGGCACGCCGGUGUAAGAGUUAAGCUGACUGGUAAGUUGUGUGCCUUCAUUGCUGCCACUCCAAUUACGUUAAAGUUGACCAAAUCUCAAACUAUCAUCCCAUCUGUGGAAAUCAACUUCUUGUGUAUUCACAAAAAGUUGAGACUGAAGAGAUUGGCACCUGUGUUGAUUAAGGAAAUAACCAGGAGAGUCAACAAGUGUGACAUUUGGCAAGCCUUAUACACCGCUGGGGUCGUGUUGCCCUCGCCGGUGUCGACAUGCCGUUACACCCAUCGUCCAUUGAACUGGUCCAAAUUAAAUGACGUAGAGUUUUCCCACUUGCCAAGCGAUCAGACCAAAUCUAGCAUGGUUGCAAAGUACGCUCUUCCUAAUACGACCAACACGAAGGGGCUCAGGCCUAUGGAAUGGGAAGAUGUCGACCAAGUCUACGAUUUGUUGGUCAAAUUUGAGGAGAGGUUUGAAUUAAUUCAAUCUUUUGAUAAGGAAGAGGUUGCUCAUUGGUUUUUGGGCAGAACAACUAAAGAAGGCGAAAGUAGUACUGUCAUCAAGACAUAUGUCGUUGAAAAUGACGAAGGUAAAAUUACAGAUUUCUUUUCUUACUAUCUUUUACCAUUCACAGUUUUAAACAACCCAAAACAUAGUGAGUUGGGCAUUGCCUAUCUCUACUACUAUGCUUCUGAGUCUGCCUUUGUAGAAGGUGGUGAACUGAAGUAUAAGGCAAGAUUGGUUUCCUUGAUGAAUGACGCACUCAUAACGUCCAAGAAGUUUGGUGUUGAUGUAUUCAACUGUUUAUCUGCUCAAGACAAUUCAUUUUUCAUUGAAAAAUGUAAGUUUGGUAGCGGAGACGGGUUCUUGAACUACUACUUGUUUAACUAUAAGACAUGGCCCAUCUACGGGGGAAUUGAUCCUAUAACUAAAGAAGUGACUUCGGAUAAGGGCAGUGGAAUUGGGGUUGUGAUGAAAUAG